UGAGGCUCCGCCCACUUCUUCUGACUGCAGCUUCCACUUUCUGCUGCUGAAUCCCACAAACUCCACUGAAGCUUCAGCAUCCUCAUCCUUCAUCCAGCAGCCACACCUUCACCUGAGGAUCGAUAGCGUCCGAACAGCUGCAUCCAUCUGGAAGCUUAAACUCAUUUUUGAUCGUCAAUAGAGCAACAGCCGCCCAGCAGGAUGCAACGCAUCAGGGAGGGAAUCCACAUCCGCACGAUGAAGGCCAAGAGGAAAGUGGAGGAGAUCUCCAAAGAGGACGUCCAGGCGUUCCUCAAGAAGAACGCCUUUGUGCUCUUCACAGUGGCAGCAGUGGUUCUUGGGGUCAUUCUCGGAUUUUCACUGCGCCCCUACAAGAUGAGCUACCGGGAGGUCAAGUACUUCUCCUUUCCUGGAGAGGUGCUGAUGAGGAUGCUGCAGAUGCUGGUGCUGCCGCUGCUCGUCUCCAGUCUGAUUACAGGAAUGGCAGCUUUGGAUAGUAAAGCGUCUGGGAAGAUGGGCAUGAGAGCGGUGAUUUACUACAUGACCACAACCAUCAUUGCAGUCUUCGUCGGUAUACUGAUUGUGCUCAUCAUCCACCCGGGAAAAGGCUCCAAAGCUGAGUUUGGAAAGCAGCAGACGAUAGAACAAGUCAGCCCUGCUGAUGCUUUCCUGGAUCUGAUCAGAAACAUGUUCCCUCCAAACUUGGUCCAAGCCUGCACCCAGCAGUUCAAAACCAAAUACGGGAAGCGAACAAUCCAUGUAACGGUGACCGUCAAUGAUACAUUCUUCAACUCAACCAACAACACGCAGGAGGUCAUGGAGAUCACCAGGGAGGAGAUGAUUCCCAUCCCCGGUCAGGUCAAUGGACUCAACGCUCUGGGGCUGGUGGUCUUCUCUAUGUGCUUUGGUCUAAUCAUUGGGAACAUGAAAGAGCAGGGCCAGCUGCUCAGAGAAUUCUUCGACAGCCUGAACGAGGCCAUCAUGCAGCUGGUAGCCAUCAUCAUGUGGUAUGCUCCUAUUGGUAUCCUGUUCCUGAUUGCGGGCAAGAUAGUUGAGAUGGAUGACCUCACCCAAAUGGGUGGUCAGCUGGGCAUGUACACCAUCACGGUCAUCAUUGGCUUGAUGAUUCACGGCGUUUUGAUUCUGCCCAUGCUCUAUUUUGUCAUCACUCGACAGAACCCCUUUCUGUUUAUCGCUGGACUGCUUCAAGCUUUGGUCACUGCCUUAGGAACGUCAUCCAGCUCUGCAACACUCCCGGUCACCUUCAAAUGUCUGGAGGAAAACAACAAGAUUGACAAACGGAUCACCCGCUUCGUGCUUCCUGUUGGGGCCACCAUAAACAUGGACGGAACGGCUCUAUACGAGGCGCUGGCAGCCAUCUUCAUCGCUCAGGUCAACAACAUGGAGAUGAACUUUGGUCAGAUCAUCACCAUCAGCAUUACAGCAACCGCAGCCAGCAUUGGGGCAGCCGGCAUCCCUCAGGCGGGCCUGGUCACCAUGGUGAUUGUUCUGACCUCCGUCGGACUGCCCACUGAUGACAUCACUCUCAUCAUUGCAGUCGACUGGUUCCUGGACCGCCUCCGCACCACCACCAAUGUUUUGGGAGACUCCAUCGGAGCCGGCAUCGUUGAGUUCCUGUCCCGACAUGAACUCCGCAGCAAAGAUGUGGAGAUGGGAAACUCGGUGUUGGAGGAGAAGGAGAGGAAGAAACCUUACAAGCUCAUCUCACAGGACAGUGAUUUUGAGAACGACAAACGGACUCACUGUGAGUCCAACAUGUAGCUCAACCUUGACUUGCUUGAACAGAAAAGUGUUUGCAGCCUUUUCUGUGACAGGAACAGGGACCGAACUGUCAGUCAUGUCUCAGUGUACGUCCUGCUCACCUGAGCUUCUUAACAUUCCUUAACAGUCAUGUCACAGACCUGGUGAGUCUCCAAAAUCCUCUUCUUGCAUGAGAAACGACCGAAGUCAUUUUUAAUAACCUUGUUGUGUUUUUAAGUACUGCUGCUGAUUUCAUUUUUUUUUUAUUCUUUGCUUUAAUUGGUAUUUUAUUUCACUCAAGCUACAGUAAAGAGUAAAACCUUUCUUUUUUAUUUAUUCAAAGACUGAACUGACAGAAAUCUUAAUAUAAACACAACUACAAUGUAGUAACAGACAUUUGUCUUUUAGCUGCUGGAAGGAAAAAAACUACAGUUAUAUUUUAAAUAAAGAAUUCAAGUGUUGAUUUAAAAAUGUAUCAUUUCACUGUCUUCCGGAUAUUGUCUAAUCUUUCUAUUUAAAUCAGUAACUGAUUCCCUCUUAAAUUGUAUGAAAAUGUAAUAUCGCGGGCACACAUGCAGCUUCACAAAUGUCUUGUAACUUGCUUGGAUUGUGUUAAUAAAAGCAAAAAUGCUUCAUGAGUUUUAGUGAAAUCAGUUUGAGCCGUUUCAAACCAGUUCCCAGGAGUCAAACUGUUUGUGUUCAUUUGUGUUGGUUAAUCUGCUGUGAAAUAAACAGUGUGAACUCUGU